AAAUGAACCUACCUGGUUCUAUCUCGCACACUGAUUGAUUACCUCGACAAGACUUGCGGUCGACCACGACUCUUCCUGCUUUUCUGCGUCUAGCGGCCUCCAUAGCCAUACUCUUCGGCAUCCUAGAGCUUGAGUCCUUGGCACGUAUACACCAUGAGCAAUAAUGAUGAUGUUAGCGCAUUGUUGGAAGCAAUGCAGCUUGACCCAGACAUGAGUCCUAUCGAGGCUCGUGAACUCAUGUCGGCCUUCAGUGAAUACAUGCAAGCCAGGGAACCUGACGAACGCCAGACGUCGCCAGAGUUGAAAGAAGCCAACAACCUGUUGGAUCACAAAGUAUACGACGAGGCGCAUGCCCAGUACUUGCGGGUUAUUGGCUCUAUCCUUGGCGCCAACUUCUCCGUCCCGCUUCCUCAAGACCAGGAUGGCGGAAUGAGGUGCGAUAAAUAUCUGCAACUAUCGAUGGAUGAAAGAGUCGACCUCAUGGAAUGCUGCAAUGGCGUCGCUAAAUGUCUUUCUGAGGCGCACAAAGUCACAGAGGCUUUGGAUUGGUACGAAGAGGUGGACGCCUUGUACAAGAACGCCCGCUUUGCAGCACGUCCCGCGAUGUAUGAUUGGGAAUAUUACAAUCCGCAGCCGCCUCGACAGGACGUCUACGUGCAGCGUCUCAAAGGGCUGGUCGGUUCUUCAGAUGCCUUCGUCACCCUGAGGAAUACAGGCUCUGCCACGCAUCGCAAGUGUGUCGCCGAUGAACUCAUCAAACACCUCCCUGCCGGUGUCAACACUCGCCCUUUGCGUGCCAUCUGCCCUAGCGGCUCCGUGACCGUUCUCAUGCAGUUCCGACACCCGGACCCGCAGCUGCUGAAGAACUGGGAGUUGUCAAACGACGAUCUCCAAGUCCGCGGCUCGUGGCAGAAGAUGAAGAUCUCCAGGAGCAUCCUUCCGCGCAUGGGCUUUGCUAGCUUCAUCUGGAAAAGUCGACUGUACGUUUGCGGCGGGAUGAAGGGCGGUACUAUAGAGCCCUACCGGGACUUCUAUUAUAUGGACCUUACGAGGCAGCCCGGGACGUGGCGCGAGCUUCAGCGUUUCCCCAGGCUGGUCUUCCUGAAUGUACAACUGGCCGUGCACGACAAUAAGGCGUACUCGUUCAGAGGCGCGCCUGAACUGGACUUCUUCGACCUCGUCACCGAACGCUGGGGGCAGGUCAAAACACGUUGGGUAGAUCAGUCAGGCAAACCUAUCCCAUGGCCGAUUCCCCGCGAGGAUCUCACCGACUACGCCAUGCAUAUUAUACGGGACGGAUGUACGUGUUUGAUGGGGUGCAACCUGCUGGCCGUGCUCGACCUGUCCACGAAGAAGUGGCAGCACCUCUCGGGCGUCGCCGAUAUGCCGCGCGCAGGCUACGACGUGCCGGGCCCGAGGAAGUACUUCGCGAGCUGGGUGGACGGACCACAGGAGAACAUCUACCUGCUGCAGGGUGUGGCGGACAGAGCCGCAUCGGAGAUGCACCACCAGCCGCAAGGGGCCCACGACUCACACGGAUACGACGAUUUCUGGAGCUGGAAUAUCGAGGCGCGCAGGUGGCGCAGGGAGAAGAUGGUCGGCAACGUCCCCUGCCCGAGGUCGGAGAUGGGCUGCACAUAUAACCCGAGCUUGAACUCUGCCAUCGUCUAUGGUGGCUACAGCCCCGAGAUUCCGACGCUCUUCGCGAACUCGGGGAAAUGCUACAGGUUUACGUACUACGCGGACACCUUCAUCCUCGACCAUUCUUCGCCGACGCCCCGAUGGAGGCACGUCGUGCACCAAGGCUUUCCCACUUACCGCGCACAGAGUGUGCUGCUCACCGACCCCGACACCGGGAGGAUGUACCUGUUCGGCGGGUACACGAACACGGACCAAGUCCCGUCGCCGAACCACGGGCACACGCGGAGCUUCGGCGACGUGUGGCAGCUCCGCUUGGACGUCCCUGGCGGGCACUUCGAAGAGGUGAACGUGACGGAUGACGAACGCAAUGCGCGGAUGGGUCCGUGGCAGAGGUGCUUCAGCUGCGGCAACACGGGGAUGUGGAGGAAAUGCGGAGGAACUUGCAAGGGCCGAGCCUUCUUCUGUGACGACGCGUGCUUGAAGGAUGGGUGGAGGGAACACAAAGAGCUUCAUAAGUGCCGGAAGAAGUGAAGCCUUGUUCAGUGCACGCUUGGAUGUCCCUUGCUCAUGUCUGAAGACGUUGGAAGCAACUGCGGGGAGGCCUUGGCGACAUACUGUGGUCCGUGAACAUUGACUGUGGCCGGAAGUUCAGGUUUACGCACUAGUAAAGACGAAGACAAUGUGAAUGUAGGAAGAUUUGCCCACCAGAACGCUCUGCUCUGGUCGAUCCGGUCGACCAUGAGGGCUGCUAUCGGGUAAACGACGAUCAGGCACCGUUGAUUUGCUUUGGCCCUCUUAUUGUCCCG